UUCUAAUCUGUCAAUUGAUUAGUUUACUUUUCCUUUUUUGAUUGAUUCCAUUUGUGAUUUGAUUCUUAUUAUUUAAUUUGUUAAUUGUUAAUUGUUUUUCUUCCGAAAUGGAUGUUGAUCUAGAACGUGAAGCGAAGCAAAAUGCUGCUAAAUUGGUUUCUUCUAAUCUUCAGAGAACCAACAAUUUGGAGCAAAUUAAACAGAGUAAAAAGCUUCGGCUUAAUAAAGAGGCUGCUGGUGAGGCGAUGUUGAGAACAGCAAUGCAAACACAAUUGGAUGAUGUUCGUAAAGGUUUAAUUCAUCUGCAAACAUCAUCCACACACGCCCAGUCAAUCCGUGGAUUGAUUAAAGAUAUUGAACAUGAACUGGCAAUUAUACCUAAUUUGGUUGAGAAAUUAAAGCGAGUUAGAGAGGAGAGUAUGAAACAUACCCAAUUAGCAGCGGCUAAAGAAAAUUUGAAACAUAUAUUCAAUGUACCUGAGAAUGUGACCAAAACCCGUUAUUAUAUUUCAGAGGGUAAAUUACUUUUGGCUCAUCAGUGUUUAACAGAAUUGGAAAAUUCUCGUGAUGAUUUACUUUAUGAGAUUCAUCGUCUCUCAUCAGCCAAUUCUCAGGAUAAAUCAAUGUUGCGAAACUAUUUUAGUGAAGUGGAAAAAUUAUCCGAAGAAUUGGGUAAACAAUUAUGGUUAAUAAUUCGAUUAACGUUAAAUUCUGUAAGGAAAGAGCCUUCAAUCAUUGUAACCGCUUUAAGAAUCAUCGAAAGGGAGGAAAGGUACGAUUCGGCUGCUCUUACAAGGAAAGAAUCAACUGAUUUUAUGCCACCCGGUCGACCGAAACAAUGGAGAAAUAUGAUAUUCAAGAUUCUAGAAGAAGCCGUUAAUGAGCGAAUCGUUGGUAAUCAAAUUGAGGAGAGAGCGCAAAACAAAAUGUGGUUAGUUCGUCAUCUCGAAGUGACCCGAAUUUUGAUUCUAGACGAUUUGAAGGUUGUCAAAACCGCGUGUGUCCCAUGUUUCCCUCCCGAAUACAAUAUUGUCCAGCAAAUGUUACGUAUUUACCAUCGGUGUUUAAGUUUACACCUUCAAGAAUUGGCCUUACAACUGGAGGGAAAUGAAUAUGUUACUUUACUUAAUUGGGUUCAAAAAUAUGAGGGACCUGAUUUAAUGACUCAUCCUCAGCUUAAUUUUGAUCUUAAAGAGGAAGGUCUCUUACCAUUAUUACCGAAACAUCUAAUUGAUGAAUUAACCAACAAAUAUCUUCAAACAAUUGAACGUAAUUACAAGGAAUGGAUGAACAAUACAAUUAAUCGAGAAUGGAAAGACUGGUCAAGUGCUAAUCCACCAGAGACAGAUGAUUCUGGACAUUAUCAGACAACAACACCAGUAAUUGUUUUCCAAAUGAUUGAUCAACAUCUUCAAGUUGCCAAAACUGUGGAUCAAAAGUUAACCACUCGAGUUUUAAUUCUUAGUCUUGAUCAUUUAGCGACUUUCGCAAAACAAUAUAAAGACGCUGUUCAUAAGUAUUGUGAGUCUCAUUUCGAGGAUCGAGGACAAUUCAGCUCAUUUACACCCUACAUGAUCGCCGUUGCAAAUAAUUGUGUCAGUUUCGUUGAAAUUGCUUGGAAAUUUCGUCAAAAAUAUCCAUCGGUCUCAAACGCUUCGAGUGAUUCCGCUUUCGAAAACGUUUUAAAUUCAUUUGAAAAACUACGCGAAGACACAAUUAAAUUUUUACUUCAUGAGUUAUUCUUGGAUUUGGAUAAAGAAUUGGUUAAAGUUGGAACUCGCGAAUGGCUUGAGGGCAAAUUCAGUGUCAUCGAGAAUGUUUGUCUCACCCUGGAAGAUUAUGUUCGUGAUUAUAAUCAUCUAAAACAGCGCAACUUUGACGUACUUAAAGUUGCAUUGGAAACUAAAUUAGCUAAAAGUUACAUAACAUCAAUUCUGAAAAAGAAAAUGACCUUCAAAGAUCAUGGACAGAGAGAAGCCUUCGGACGGAAAUUCAUCAAAGAAGGUGAAGUUCUCAAAAUUGCAAUCAGUAAAUUACCAAACUAUAAUACCCUUAAAUUAGAGCAAAAGAAAACUUCACCAUUUGAUUCACUUCCCUUGUUGGCAGAGUUUUUAAGACUUAAAGAUUUAUCCAUGUUGUUUCUUGAAGUUUCGGGUUUAAUUAAAAAAUAUCCUGACAUAUCAGUUGAUCAUUUAACGGCUUUGCUUAAUCUACGUGAAGAUAUGGCCAAAACAAAUGUUCGCAAGCAAGUUACAGAUAUGAUGUCAGAAUUACCACAAUCAGGAACGAUCACAAAAACAGUUUUUUCAGAGAUUGACUUAAGCUGAUGAUGGAAAACAUUUUAACCGCUGAUCAGCAUAAACAAAUCCAAUAAAUCGAACGAGUCGUUUUUCUUUAUCUCGCAUCAAAGACAA